AUGAGAAGAAAAUAUCGUUCAGAUGUCAUGUUCCCUCCAACAUGGUUAUGUUUCCUAUUCUUCCAUUUCAACACCUCCGCCGCUGCCGUAAUCACCUCUUCUCCUAACGACACCCUAAAUCCACUUGAAUCAAUCACCGACGGCCAAACUGUUGUCUCCAAUGGAAGCAAUUUUGCGCUGGGCUUCUUCAGACCCGGCAAAUCUAGUUUCAAAUACGUUGGAAUUUGGUACACAACAGUUCCUGACACUGUGGUUUGGGUCGCCAACAGAGACAACCCUAUCAACGAUUCCUCCGGAAUCCUCUCCUUCGCCCUGGAUGGGAAUCUCGUCGUCUCUUCCCGUAGAGAUCAGAGACGUCCUCUCUGGUCCACCAAUAUCUCCAUAAGUUCCAACUCCACCUUUUUGAAGCUCCUUAACUCCGGAAACCUCGUUCUAUAUGGCCCGGGCACCGGCACCGGCACCGGCACCGGCACCACAAAUAGGAUCUUGUGGCAAAGCUUCGACCAUCCGACACACAUGCACCUUGCUGGUAUGAAAAUAGGAUUGGACCGGAUGACCGGUCUGAACCGGGUUCUCAUAUCUUGGAAGUCCAAAGACGACCCUGGCAGAGGGAAUUACUCGUUAAUGUUCGACCCAAGGGGGCGGUCAACCGAACAGUUCUUGUACAAGGGGUCGGCCAUGGUCUGGCGAACCGGGCCCUGGAACGGCCAAAGGUUUAACGGGAUCCCACAGAUGACCCGGACUGACACCUUCAAUUACAAGUUCGUCAACAAUAACGACGAGCUCUACCUGAUUUACGAGACCGACGUCUUCUCACCAUUCAUUCUGGAUGAAUUUGGGAUCAUUCACCGGUGGAUUCGGAUGGAGAGGUACAGUCGAUGGAUAACAUUAUAUUCGGCGCCCAGUGACACGUGCGAUUACUACGGACUCUGCGGGGCCAACGCGACCUGUCGCAUUGCGGAUAACGCUUUAGAGUGUGCGUGUCUGCCUGGUUUCCAACCAAAGUCUCCAAUGGACUGGCACUUGAGGAAAUGGUCUGAUGGGUGCGUGAGGAACAGAAGCCUUGGGUGCGGCAAGGGAGAUGGGUUCUCGAAGUUGGUAGGCGUGAAGCUUCCUGACACUUCCAUGUCCCUAGUCGACAAGAGUCUGAGCCUCAACGAAUGCAAGCGAGAAUGCUUGAAGAACUGCUCUUGCAACGCGUACGCCCUUGCAGACAUUACUGAGGGAGGCAGUGGCUGCAUUGCUUGGUUUGAUAAUUUGAUGGACAUUCGGUAUUUCAAUGCCGACGGUGGCGAUGCUUUAUAUCUACGUGUGUAUGCAGUGGAGCUAGCUGCACAAGCAAGAAAAGAUAAAGGGUUUCUUCACAACAAGCGAAGAGUGGCGAUUCUUACGGUGUCUUUUAUUUUGGUUGUGCUUCUCUUUGCUGCAUGUGUGUACUGUUUACGGAAAAAGAUAAAAGGGGCAAUUGAGAAGCGGCAGCGUGGUGGUUUCUUGUUUGAUUUAAGAAACUUUACUGGAAUAAGUGAACUUCAAGACAAUGGGAGGAAUCCCGAAUUGCCAUUUAUUGAACUAGAUGCUGUCGCAGCUGCCACAGACAACUUCUCUCCCAAUAACAAGCUUGGAGAAGGUGGUUUUGGUGCUGUCUACAAGGGUCGGCUGUUCAAUGGGAAGGAGAUAGCUGUUAAAAGACUAUCCAAGAAUUCAGGACAAGGAAUGGAAGAGUUUAAAAAUGAAGUUCUACUGAUUGCCAAACUUCAGCAUAGAAAUUUGGUUAGGCUUCUAGCUUCUUGUGUCCAUGAAGAAGAGAAGAUGCUAAUCUAUGAGUACAUGCCCAACAAAAGCUUGGAUUCUUUCAUUUUCGAUGAAACUAAGAGUGCAUUGCUCGAUUGGCGAAAACGAUUUGAAAUCAUAGAUGGAAUUGGUCGAGGUGUCCUCUAUCUUCACCAAGACUCUAGGUUGAGAAUCAUUCAUAGAGAUUUGAAAGCCAGUAAUGUGUUGCUAGACGAAGAGAUGAACCCCAAAAUUUCAGAUUUUGGUAUGGCGAGAAUUUUUGGAGGAAACCAAAUUCAAGCAAAUACAGCCAAAGUGGUUGGGACAUAUGGUUAUAUGUCACCAGAGUAUGCCAUGAAAGGGAUUUUCUCAAUAAAGUCAGACGUAUUUAGUUUUGGAGUAUUAUUAUUGGAGAUCAUUAGUAGCAAGAAGAACAGUAUAUAUUUUCAUGAAGAUCCCUCAAUGAGUUUAAUAGAACAUGUAUGGGACUUGUGGAAAGAAGGUCGAGCAUUGGAGAUAGUUGAUUCAUCAAUGGCUGACUCUUACCCUGCUCAUGAAGUUUCGAGGUGUAUCCAAAUUGGGCUGUUGUGUGUGCAAGAAAGUGCAUCAGAUAGGCCAACCAUGUCAAGUGUUGUUUUCAUGCUCGAGAAUGAAACAAAAAUCCCUACGCCUAACCAACCUGCUCUUAUCAUGAAGAGACAGGAGACGGGAUCAUGCUCUAUAAAUGAAAUGACGAUGACUGUGUUAGAUCCUAGAUAA